CCGCUUGUGGGGGCCACGCAGACCCGACUGAGGAUUCCAUCAGACGCAAGCCAUGGCGGUAGUCGCUGCCGCUUUCGCGGCCGCUGUGUGGGCUCUGCUGUGGCACCUCUACGAGCGCGCAUUUGGAAUAUGGAUGGACCAGGGGCUGGCCCAUCUACUCCGCUACCUGGUGGCUGUGGUGCGCCUUACAUACCUUCUGCGGAGAAAGGGUCGACGGUUCGUUUACUUGGAAUCCGGAAAGCACGAUGACGUCGUAAACUGCGGAGCGGUUUGUGCACCGUUGGAGUGGUCGAAGGAAUGUCCUCAACAAAGGCAGCACUUGGAGAAGGGCAACGACGAGGUGCUUUUCUUCGGCGCCAACACGGAGGGCGACCGCCUUGCACUGAGUCUGUCUCGCCUCCACAAUCACGUGGCCCAGCUCUGGCUUGCCCUGUACACACGAGACGGAAGGCGCUACUCGCUGCCGGCGGAGGUCACGCUCGACCGCAGCGCGGGCAGCUGCUUCUCGGCCGCCGGUCUGAGGCUGCAGUGCUUGGCUCCCAACCGCCGGUGGCGCGUCGCGUUCAACGGCCUGCUCAGGAAGCAGUCUGAAGGCACAAGUAUGACAUCUGCGGAAUCAGAGGUUCACGUGAAGUUUGGAUUCAUCUGGUCCGCCGUGUCACACACUUUGGAGCAACCAGCCGAGCUUGCGCCAGCUAUGUUGGCAGAAAGUUGCGCUGAUGGAUCGACGCUUCAGAUGCUGCGUGGUGUCAGGAGGCUGGCGAAUGAAAUGGAUUCGUACGAUCAAGCUGGCAUGAUGUCCGGAGAGGUCAUAGUGGACGGCGAAAGGAGAGAGUUGUGCCUUUGGGGAUACAAAAUCAGGAACCAAGGUAUCCUACUCGAUGGGGCUUGUGAGGAGAACCACCACUUCGGCUUCCUUGAGAAUGGAGACAUGUACCAUUUGGUUCGCACAAACAACUACGGAGGCAAAAAUGGCAUUUACUAUGGAUCAAUCUACGCACCUGCAAGUGAGAUGCGAGCUAUCGACUACGCAGCCAUAGAAACUAAGCAAGAAUUGCACGCUGAGCGUGGCAAGCUGCAUUUACGAAGCGGUGCGUAUACUCUACUUGCUACCGUACGAAACGUUGCACCUGACUGGGUCUUCCAGACCGCAGACAGUGCUUGUAGCGUCAUCGUCACUGCGGUUGACCUCAAAUGUGAGCAAUAUCUCGCAUGUGGCAUCAGCGUUUCCGUUAAAAGGCCUCAACGAAGAACUUGCAGCAUUCCAGGUUACUUGAAGCACAAGGUUAUUGAAGAACACCAGCAGCCUGGAGAGUCGCCGCUUGUGUCAGAUAUUGACAACCAAUGCAGCAAGACGCCGGACUUGACGGGAGGCAAGGGAUCAUCGCUAGCAGUGCUGGACUCCAUUGCCAGAGAAGUGAAGUCGUUUGCAGUUCCUCGCGGAUUUAUCGUCACAACCGAGUCCUACAAGGUCUUUUCUUCGAGUGAACACUUUCAGGAGUUGAUGCGGGCAAUGGAGACCGCAAUGACCAGGGACGACUGGCAGACAGCGCUGAAAGGAAUCUGCUCCAGCAUGGUAGGUGCUCUCGAGAGACUAAAUAUGCCUGCGGAUGUUCAAGAAGCAAUUUCUCAGCACUUGUCCAAGUUUGAUAAAGACACAUUGUUUGCUGUGAGAUCGUCAGCUUUAGGUGAAGACUCUGAAGACAUGUCAGCCGCUGGCCAAAUGACCACACUCCUUGGGGUUCGGGGUCAAGACAACGUCGUCAGCGCUGUGGUGAAAUGCUGGGCAUCACAGUUCAGCUUCACAAACGUGAACUAUAAAAGACAAUAUGGGCAAGCUUUGGACGUGCCGAUGGCAGUAGUUGUGCAAGAACUCGUGAAUGCUGACACUGCCGGGGUGAUGUUCACCUGCGACGCACUCACGGGAAACCCAGGGUACAUCACAGUGACUGCAAAUUACGGCAUCGGGGAGUCAGUGGUCUCAGCCUCUGCGGAGCCGGAUACUUUCGUUCUAAAGAAGAGAGGAGCCCAGCACCCUACCGUCGAGUCAAGUCAAAUUGGGCACAAGUCCGUCUACACAACGACGUCAGGAAGCGAUGGUGUGGCUACGGUUUCUGUGAGUGCUGAAAAAGCCCAGCGUGCCUGCAUCUCUGAAGAAGACGUUCAUAUUUUGGCUGCUAUUGGCGCAGAGAUUGAAAAGACAUACACAACACCACAAGAUAUUGAGUGGGCACUCAAGGAUGGAAUGUUCUUUAUGCUGCAGUGCCGUCCCGUCACAACAUUCCUCAGGGAGAGCGACUGCGAGAUGCUCCACGAAUUCAACGAAGGAUUGAAAUCAGCGAAAGAAAGUUUCACCAAGGGAAAUGUAUCUGAAGUGCUGCCAGGAGCCGCAUCUCCGCUCUCUAUAUCAUUCAUUCGAUGUGCCUUCGACAUCAACUGCAGGGACACUGCCAUGGCAUUGGUGUACGCCAGCAGCCCUGAUCGAUCCCAAUACAUGACGCCAUGGGGACCAAUUUAUCGCUACAACUACUUCAUUUGGUUGUCUGAUGGCUUACGGAGGACAGGACCGGACGGAAACCUAAUAGAGAAGUCGUUCAUGUACAGCAUAUUGGGACGUGACGCAGGCGACGAAGUGGAAGCUGGCAUAAAACGGAUGAGGAUGGUUACCCGCUGGAAACUUCCUGUGCAGUUUUACUACAUCGCAAAGACGAUGCUCACCGUUAGCCAAGGUGUGGAAAGCAAUACAAAGAAAACAGCGGAGCUCCGCCUGUCAGUUGAUGAAGCGUCCACUGCCGAGCAGAUCUAUGAUUACAUAGGACGCAGCUUUCGUCACAUACGUGAGCCUGCUAUUCUUCUGAUGAAGGCAGCCAUAUCGUCCUCCUUCUACAACUCCAUCAUUAUUAGUAUUCUCAGCAGUGCCAGAGGAGGGCUCGACAACGAGGUCUUCAGCGAGUUGUCCAAGAUCUUACGAGGCACAGAUGCGGAGUGCGCCGACGUGCCGCGAAUGAUUCAGGAGCUGGGUCGAGUGCUGAGGGAGUCUGCAGAGAAAGAUCAAUUCGUCAGCAUGACCACAGAGGAGGCCUGUAAAUGGCUGUCAACGACCGAAAGCGACUGCGGAAAGAAGUACCGGGAGUUCAUCAAGAAGCAUGGCCAUCGUGCCGUUAAGGAGUUCGACGUUUACACCAAGCCAUGGGUGAUGGAUCCGUCGUCUCUCGUGAAAUCUUUGAAGGCUGCAGCAGCCGCACCGCAAGUCGAACAGAAAGCAACUGCCCCGUGGGACGUCUCUAAGUUUCCCCACAGGUUGUCUACCAUCCAGAGUGCCAUAUUGAAGUUGGUGGCGCCCAGAGCCCGAGUUGCAGUUGAGGCACGAGAGACGACAAAGUCUGCGGCAGUACGCGUGAUCCACCAGCUGCGGCUGCUCUGCCACCAGCUGUCGCGGCGCAUGGUGUGCGAGGGCAGACUACCUUCACCCGAACUACUAUUCUUCCUGACCUACGAAGAGAUCGGCAUCCUUCUCCGGACGAGGUCCCCGGAACUGGUCCUCAAGGCACAGCGGCGUCAGAAAAUUUACGCGGAAGCCGACAAGGACCGAUACCCAUCCAUCUUCGUUGGCGUUCCGAAGCCGAUUGAGCGGAUGAAAAGGCACGUUGAAGGUGACUUUGAAAUUAAAGGGAGCCCAAUGUCUCAGGGCGUUGUUGAAGGCAAAGUUCGGGUGGCGCAGACGUUUGAAGAAGCCCAUCUCAUACAGAAAGGUGAGAUACUGGUAACGACUGCCACCGACACCGGCUGGACCCCGUAUUUCCCCUUGUUGGCCGGCGUCGUGACGGAAAUUGGAGGCCCACUGUCUCACGGUGCCGUCGUUGCCCGUGAAUACGGCCUUCCAUGCGUCGUCGGUAUCGAAGGCAUCACAACGAUGCUUACUUCUGGGGACUACGUCCAGCUGGAUGGUAACACUGGCGUCAUCAGAAAAAUUGCUCCUCCGGAAACCGAAGAUGACUGACCAGGAUUUUGACCCAAGGAAACGUUUAAUGUCUUUCACUAAACAGGAUACUCACUUUAAAUUGGGCGCAGUAGCGUAGUAGUUGUGAUUCAGCAUGGUUCACUGGGCCCGCAUGCGAGCAUAUUCCGAAAAUUGCGUCAGAUGCUUCGAAGUCGUAGUUGACGAACUGUUGUUUGAGGAGAUGUGGCAAUAAAGGUUGAGUUUAAUUUGAACAAGGA